AUGGGUUUAGAACCGGGACUCAAAGCCGACUCCAAGCCCGAGCUCACAAUGACCCCAGUGAAAAUCUGGUGGAUAUGCUGGGCAUGCGUAUGGACUGUCCCAAUAGGGCUAGGCUUUGCCUAUCUCAUCGCUCAUCGCAAUACCCCUACUCUGCGGGUCCGAGGCCUCGGGUUGUCACUCUCUUCCGUCGUGCUUCUUCACGUGUAUUGGAUGUCUGUUCAGUUCCACUCGACCUUCGAUGCCGUCGAACCUCAAGUUUCCGAGUACUGGAUCAUGGGCACAUGGCUGCCUUGUGGCAUUGCCCUGUUCCACGCUUCCAACAGUCGGUUCCUCCACGUUGCCAAGCAGCAAAAGAAAUAUGCCCAGCCUGGCAACCAUCCUAUAGAUUUCCGUCCCGCCUUGAGGAGCAAGAAUGGAUUGAUCGGCCGCUUUCGCCGUCUUAGCUAUACCGCCAAGGUCCUCAUCGUUGUUGGAAUAUCAAUGCUUGUUCAGGUGUUCCUCACUGCCUUGAUGUACAUCAUUUCUCGCAAGUGGCAUAGCUCCUGGGGCAUUCCCGGCACUGAGGUUCAUGGUACCGCCAAGGAAAAGAAGAUAGAGAUGGGUCGAGGCUGGGAAUGGUGGCCUGGUGUAUUUUGGCAGUUCUUCUGGUCCUGGAUCAUUGCUCCCGUGGUUCUAUGGAAGUCUCGCAACAUCCACGAUACGCAGGGCUGGCGGAUUCAAACAAUUGGCUGUGCUCUCGCCAACCUGCCUGCUAUCCCUUUGUGGCUCAUCGCUCUCUAUGUUCCUGGUAUGGCGCCGGUCAACAAGUACUGGUUGCCUGCACAGUGGAUCUGCCUUUCUAUCUAUUUCAUGGAAAUAUUCACCGUCUUCCUUCCCUGCUGGGAGGUUAUGCGCCACCAGUCUCUCCGCCGGGCGACUCUCGACGGAAUCGCGCAACGGGAAUCGAAAAAUAAGACCAUUAAUUCUGGAUCCAGAUCUUUCAUCUCUGCAUCUACCAUGGUCAAGAACAAGAUCUUUGGCUUGAAGUCAAGGAAGGGCUCCGACACGAUUAAAGCCAGCUUUGAUGAAAGUAUCCUGACUAUGAGCGCUCUUGAGUGCUUCCUUGAGCGCAAUCCUGCUCCUCUUCAGGAAUUCGCUGCCCUCCGCGAAUUCUCCGGUGAGAAUAUUGCGUUUCUUACCACCGUCGCUGAAUGGAAGAGGUCCCUGCCCCCGGCUGGCCCGGAUAGUACGAUCCCCAGUGACUACAAGGUCAGGGAGCUUAUCCGCGAGCAUUUUAACUGCGGCUUGCACAUCUACGCCGAUUUUGUCAGUCUUCGUCAGGCCGAGUUUCCUAUUAAUAUUACUUCUAAAGAUCGUACGAAGCUCGAAAGGAUCUUCGAGAGCCCCACUCGAAUGCUGUACGGCGACAAGUGCGAAGUUAAUCCCAUUGCUCCCUUUGACACCUCCCGCUUCUCCUUUGGGCAACUUUCGACAUCAGUUUCUUCGGAAGAUCUAGAAAAGUCUAUCCGUAGCUCGUCCUUUGAUGAUAUCAAGAACCGAGCACCGUACUGGGGCAAUAUUCCCGAGGAGUUCGAUGCGACUGUCUUCGAUGAUGCGAUACAGAGCAUCAAGUUCCUUGUUCUUACGAACACAUGGCCUAAGUUUAUCAGGACCUUCGGGAUAUCUACAAGCUCCUCCGAGACCCUGGAGACUGGCAUGCAAAAUGAACAUGGGCCAGGAUUAUCUACUGUUUAG